AUGAGUAGGAAGGCGUUGCCGCUUUUGUGGAGGCUUCGAACUUUACCACUGCACCAUAGUAUGCGCACGGAGCACGGGGGGAUCGGUUGCGGAACGAAGGCCGAGCUGCAGCAAUCAGGAAUACCUGUGAGACGGAAUUCGAGCUAUCCCGUUCCAGCAAACUUCUCCAAAUCACCGCUCAAAUGCUAUCCCUCCAGACGACCGUGGAACGGAACAGAGCUGGAAGCACGCGGCGGGACGGCGACGGCGGAGGGGACACCGCGGUGGCCAGACGGCCGAUUUACAGCCCGAGAACAGUCACAUCAGCCGGGUACUCAUGGGACAUUGCUCGUUUCAUUCGACGAUUCAAAUGUUCGCAAUUCUACUGAAGGCGCGAAAAUGUGGUGCUGCUGGUGA